UGUGCUGGAACGAUUGUUGAAACAAUUUUGCGUUAUUUUUGUSCUUUUUUGACCAUUAAAAUUUAGAACAGAGAAGAUAUUGUACGUCAUAAAGUCUCGUUAGAAACUUAUAUUUCUUAUAGAAAUUGUAUUGAGAUGCAUAAUAGAUAUAAAGAUGGAUGAGCCAGAAAUCAAYGUUAAUUUGUGUCCAACUGCAGCACAAGUGUCAUAUUCUCUGGGAAGUGAUCUCCAAAUCAAGAAUACAGACCAAGSUCAURCUGUUGUCAGUCUGGACAAASCUGUUGUUGUUGUUUCUGUUGAAUCACAAACUAAAAAUACAAGAAAAUCCCAGAUAACCACAAAAGUAGUAAAAACAAAUACCUUCACAAGUAAACCAUCAGAUCGAGUGCAAAGGCAUUUGCCAGGAAGGGAACAGAAUGUACCAUGUGAGAAAUGCAAAAUAAAUCUUCCUUCUCACAGGGCAUUACGAGAACACACCAAGAAAUGUUCUGUAACAGCAAGUGAUAUUAAUGACAUUAAGUGUUUCGUAUGUCAAGAAAUGUUUACAACAAGUAAAUCAUACAAUGAGCAUUUAAGCACUCAYUGCCCUGAGACCUCUGAUAGAUGUCCAAUCUGUAAGAAGGAGUAUAAAAAACACCAAAAUCUCAUCGAUCAUCUACGUAUUCAUUCUCGUUAUCAAGUGCAUGAAUGUCCUACYUGUCAGCAGGUAUUCACAUUGAAGAGCCAUCUUACUUCACAUUUGCAGCUUCAYGAGAGUCAAAAAAAGUACAUUUGUCCACAUUGCGACAAGAAAUUCAACUAUGGGUCAUACUUCAAACUUCAUGUGAAGACACACAGAGGAGAAUUACCUUAUAAAUGUGAGGAUUGUGGACAAGCUUUUGUUCAACCAUAUCUCUUAAAACAACACAUGCAAAGAAGGCACAAUGCUGACAARAAAUACACCUGUGAGCAUUGUCAAAAGUCAUUCAUUCGAUUGACAGAUUACACUGUUCAUCAACGAGUACACACGGGAGAGAAGCCAUUCAAAUGCUCRCAGUGCAAUAAAACAUUUAAACAAACMAGUACAYUGUACMGACAUCAAAUUAUUCACUAUGCUGAGAAACCCUAUCAUUGCCAAAAAUGUGGCAAGGCAUUUUCCGACAAAAGCUCRYUGAAACGGCACGAGACAGUUGUUUGCAAAGUUAAAAAUACAAGCAAAGAAAUGUCAGAURCUCCAAACAAUAAACAAGUCUGACUASUGUACAAAAUUCAUUUCCAGUUUUUUAUUAAGAAAUAUAAACCAUGUAAGUUAUAAGGUCUAGAAUUUUAAUGCUGUGCAAAACACACAAGCUGAAAUAGAACRUUAUUUUCGUSGAAGYUUAUUUAUAACUGGAAACCAUAUCGUAUUUUAUGUAUCGUCCCACAUAAUAUUUAUUACUGUUACUAAUUCUAAUUCUUGCCAUCAAGGCCAGCAACAAAGGUCAUGGCAAUACCGAGUCUGCUACUCCAGAAUCUCUAACUUCUAUUUGUGCUAAUUUUACAUUCUGUAAACAAUGUUUAUUUUAUUUAUAUAGUCAACCAUGACUUUAAAUAUAAUUUUUCCAGCAGAGCCAUUGCACUUAGUCCAUAAAACUCAAAUAGUACAAAAUAACUACUWAAUUAUGCUCUAGAGUGAACGCACUUAAUCCGCASAACUGUACAAACUAAAUGGUGCUAUUUAGUUGUAUUUAGYAAAUCRUGCAUGYGGUACGCAAAUUA